GUUGUCUGGGCGUUAAAAAGGUUUUGGACUUCAUCCUACGGUGAUCCAUAAAGGACAAUAGACCUCAAAAAACGCAAUUGACGCUCCGCAACGAAACUGCGUCCUGAAUAGGAGGGCGGUGGUUUGACUAACGGUACUACAGAGACUACAGGUAUUGUGUACGGCGAUGCUGCGCGACAGUAUGAGGCCAAGCGGAGCACUAAUGACAGUGAUGCUGCUGGUACUGAUCCAGCUCCUUGGUUUCAAACCGAUUCAUGCCGAGGAAUCAGGGACGGUCAUCCCCGCUGAGAGCCGGCCAUGUGUUGAUUGUCAUGCCUUCGAGUUCAUGCAGAGAGCUUUGCAAGACCUGAAGAAAACAGCUUUCAACUUAGACUCACGGACGGAGAGUUUGGUGCUGAGGGCUGAGAGGAGGGCACUGUGCGACUGCAUGCCGGCCAGCAGCCUGCGCUAAAACGCUAGUUGUAAACACUGCACUCAAGAUAUAGAAAUCAUUAUAUACCUAAGGAUACUACCUGCUCUCAUCGUAAUACACACUCUUUUAUUCUCUGUCAAACAUGUUUCCUGUCACAUGAAACAUUUUUUAUUUUUUAUCGUAGUAUGUGCAUAGAGCAGGGGUGUCCAUGGAGGAUGCUCCUGGAGGGCCACUGUCCUGCAAAGUUUAGCUCCAACCCCAAUUAAACACACCUGAACCAGCUAAUCAAGGUUUUUAGGCAUACAGGAAACUUUGAGGCAAAUGUUUUUUGGUAAAUUGGAGCUAAACUCUGCAGGACAGUGGCCCUCCAGGACCGAGUUUGGACACCCCUGUCAUAGAGUAUCAUAAAUACACAUUCCUGACUAAAGAAGUCAACACAACAUUCCACAGUUUAAACGUAAGUUAUGAGAGGCACAUAUCAGAGCAGCAGCUAAUACAUUUAAUUUUACGAAAGUGUGUAUAAAAACAGGGGUAAGUGUUUGUUCUCCAGGCACAAUGCACAGCAAAAUAUUCUGCAAACAUAAAACACAUUACUUGUUAUAAUUAUUUGCACAGUAGACUAUAUGUUUUUUUCAAAUGUUAAAUUGCUUUUUAUAUUUGUGUUCUAGAAAUAUCUGAUUAACAGUCACAAUAGUCAAGCAGAUAUUUUAGAUUAAUUAAAUAUCAGAAGCAGAAGUGAAAUGUAGAUUUUCAGGAGUUGUCUUAGAGAGUGUGCUGUAAGAUUAUUAGAUGAUAGAUAUAUGACUAGAAAAGAAUCUGCAUGUAAAAUGAUAGUCUAGAAUUUUAUAUGAGAAUUUAUGAAGAUGGAGCUUAAAGGGAAGGUUUCUAUGGAGAUUACUUUGGUACUAAUAUGUAUGUUCACAGCUGUAACAAUGUCUUUUUGUGUGUAGAAAAAGUGCAUUAAAACAUAUGACGUCACACUGUAAAUUA